AUGAUGGUGUUGAUGAAAUUGAUCUUUUUUUCAAUAAUCUCCUCCUCUUGCUGUCACACAAUUCCUCAGAGGACACUGUGGAUAUGUGGGCUUCUGCUCAUCAGCCUCACCGGAGCAUACAGACUCGACCACUUUCCAGAAAAUUUUGUGGUGACAAAGAUGAAUGAUCCAGUCACACUGACCUGCCGCACAAACACCGAAGGAGCUGUCAAAUGGAAGUUUGAUGAUGACGUGAUGGGUGUCGGUCUAAAUCUGUCCAUCUCAGGCGUAGAAGCGCCCGACCUGGGAGAAUACACCUGCUGGAGAGGAGAGGAAAUGUUAUCAUCGACCUAUCUGCUGCCUGACUCUGUGGAAGAAGUGCUAAAUAUCAGUUGUCGGGCAAAGUCUUAUGACUGUAACUUCAGCUGCUCGACCGACAAACCAUAUACAGCGGUGCGUUUCGGACUGGGCCAGGACUGCAGAGAAGGUAGGAAGUCGUGUCAUUGGUUCAGCAGUGGGGAUGGGAAAUUCCCAGUUGUGCUGUCCCACUCCCUCGCACCCCACGCUGAGGAAACCACCAUGCUCGAAGUCACAGCUGAGGCCAUCUUUGACCACUCCACCGUCCUCCGGGGAAACAAGACAUUUUAUCUCAGAGAGAUCGUCAAACCCGACAGUCCCCAGAUUGUCAGGUGUCAGGAGAAGGGAGAGAAGAACCUGAAGGUGACCAUCGAUGCUCCAUCCACCUGGUCGACUCCUCACAGCUUCUACCCUAUGGAGCACCAGAUUGAAUACGUGUUAAGAGAUGAUGGCAAGACUGGAUGUUGUUCUUCUACUACUCUGCUGCCGAAGGGGAUCAGCAAGCUGAAGGCUCGUUCCAGAGACUCGCUGGUGCAGUCAGAAUGGAGCGAGUGGACUCCCUGGAAAAAUGUGAGAACAGGGAAAAAGAACCUGUGCAAAUGCAAAAACAAAGCAAAAUCCUGCUGCCCAGAUCUGCCACAGGGGUACUUGGACAAGUGCAAGAAGAGAAGGAAGCAAAAAAAGAACAAGAAGAACCAGACAUCUUAGAGAGAAGAUGCUCAAUAAAAACAUGCAUUACUGGGGUCGUGCUGGUGUAAAAACACUUUUUAUCUGGGAAUAGUGGGAAAAUAUGUGGAUGUAUUUGUAUGAUUUAAUUAAAUUGCGGAUUGUUGAUGGUGCACUAAAUUGAUAUAAAUGUGGGUUUUCAAUACCAAAAGUAAAAAAUUGCAGGCCUGUCAGCAAAGAUCUUCAAUUAAAGUAUGUUUUUUAUCAAAACUGUCUGUAUUUUAUUUCAUAAUGCAUUCCAUUCUUUGUAUGAAGGGUGGAUUCAUGGUUAUUAUUAUUUUCUAAGCAGCUGGAAAACUGAAAUGUAGUGGGAACUUUAUUGCUAAACAGAAGAACUAUUCUAGCUGAGGUUUUGUUUUAUAAAUUGCAUUUUAUUUGAAUGAAAAUCUCACAAGAGAUUAGAAAUGCAGGCCAUUCCCUCCACUUUACAUGAUCGUUAACUAGCCUACUCCUUUUGAGUAUGGUUCUUUUUCAGUUUGUAUGUGGGUGGAAUAGGGAGGGAAUUUGGAGCCAUGUUUGUGUUUUGUAUGUUUUGUAUAUUUGGUUAACUAAAAAAUUUGAAAAUAAAAUAUAAAAAAAAAAAAAAUAGGAAUCACAAACAAUACAACUCAUGUCAAUCAAAUAUUCCUCAAAUUAAAUUAGUCAAUAUUAUGAAUGACUAUCUGUGUGUUUGACCAUAAAAUGACAGCUUGUUUUGUAAUCACAAUAUUUUCAAGACCCUGUCAAAUGUUGACAAAAGCAGCCCAAAUUUCAUCUACCAGCCCAAUUUAUAUGAUGCUGUGCAAUAAUUAUAUAAUUAUCUGACGGACACUUUGUGCAUUAAU